CGCCGCCCCUCCUCCUCCUCCUCCAGGCGCGUGUCUGACGGGCCGUCGGAACCGGCUGGACGGGAGGGCCGGAUGGAUGGAUCCCCGCGUAGCCUGGAUCCAGCCCGAGCAGAAAGGCCCCGCCAAUGCGCUCUGGAUGCAGAUCUGGGAGACCUCGCAGGGCCGGACCGGCGGUGGCGGCGGCUCGUCCUCCUCGCCGCCCUCUUCUUCUUCCCCCGUCUUCCCGCCUACGGCCGCUACCCGUUACUCCUUCUGCCGGUUUAGCACAGCGGCCGCACCUCCGCCGCCCUGUUCCGAGGCCGCCGUCGCUGCUGGCGGACCUCUGUCGUCUCCUCAACUGAUCUCCAAGCCGGCUUCCCUGCGCCUUCUCCCUGCUCAGAGCGCGGAAAGGCGGGCGCCGCGCCUGCUGCUCCUACAGAAGUCCCUCUCGGCGUCGUCGUCCCUCUCGUCCUCGUCCUCCUCUGCGGAGUCUGGCGCUGACAGCCCCGGUGGUGGCUCUUCCUCCUCGCCGUCCUGCGUCCGGGCCGGACCUGGGCCGUCGCCGGCCUCUUGCAAAAUCUUGGCAUGCGCUGCUGAAGCGAAUCCAGUGAAGCAAGGAGAGCUGGAGGAGGAAGGAGGGCAGGGUCCGCGGCCCUCCGGUGUGGCUGUUGCCGCCCCCUCUCCCCAUCACCAUUACUACCACCACCACCACCACCACCAUCAGUACCAUCCGGGGCGCAGGAAACGGGAGAACAAGGCCAGCACAUAUGGGAUGAACUAUCUGCUCUCUGGCGGCUGUGUCGGUAUCGGCCGCAAAGGGACCGCCCUAGCUGGCGACAGCAGCCCCUGCUCUCCAGCGCAGCCUGGGUGCAAUCUUGCUCUAGGCACGCCUUGGAAAAGCAGGCAGUACAGCUCAGGCAUACAGGGGCUCCAUGAAGAAAUAAUUGACUUUUAUGACUUUAUGUCCCCAUGUCCUGAAGAAGCAGUUAUGAGGCGAGAAGUUGUGAAAAGAAUAGAAACUGUCAUCAAAGAUCUUUGGCCUACAGCUAAUGUUCAGAUAUUUGGAAGUUUUAGUACAGGACUUUAUCUGCCAACAAGUGAUAUUGAUUUAGUGGUUUUUGGAAAGUGGGAGAGCCCACCUCUACAGCAAUUAGAACAAGCCCUAAGGAAACACAAUGUGGCUGAGCCGUAUUCAAUUAAAGUACUUGACAAAGCUACAGUACCAAUAAUUAAACUUACAGACCAGGCAACAGAGGUGAAAGUUGAUAUUAGUUUUAAUGUAGAAACUGGUGUGAAGGCAGCUCGACUUAUCAAAGACUACAUGAAGAAAUACUCAUUGCUGCCUUACUUGAUUUUAGUAUUAAAACAGUUCCUUCUUCAGCGGGAUUUGAAUGAGGUUUUUACUGGUGGAAUUAGCUCCUACAGCUUAAUUUUAAUGGCAAUUAGCUUCUUACAGUUGCACCCAAGAAUUGAUGCUCGAAGAUUUGAUGAAAAUCUAGGAAUGCUUCUAAUAGAAUUUUUUGAACUCUAUGGAAGGAAUUUUAAUUACUUAAAAACUGGUAUUAGAAUAAAAAAUGGAGGUGCUUAUAUUGCCAAAGAAGAAAUCAUGAAAACCAUGACAAAUGGAUAUCGACCAUCUAUGUUAUGUAUUGAAGAUCCUCUUCUACCUGGCAAUGAUGUUGGAAGAAGUUGUUAUGGUGCCAUGCAAGUAAAGCAAGUUUUUGACUAUGCCUACAUUGUUCUAAGCCAUGCAGUAUCACCACUUGCAAAAUCAUAUCCUAAUAGAGAUUCAGAAAGUACUUUAGGAAGAAUUAUUAAAGUGACAGAAGAAGUGAUUGACUACAGAGCGUGGAUUAAAAAAAAAUGGGGAAACAAAGCUAACUUUUCAUCUGAUCUUGAUGUUCAGUUGAAAGAGAGAGAACCAAUAUCUCCAGAGAGUGCAACCCAGAACAGAGAUGCUGAAUUGCUUUACAACCAACCUUUGACUUUGUCAUUUACUGGUAUGCAACAGUUAUCAUCGGGCUCAUCUGCCUCUUCAGUGUCAUCUCUUUCUGGCAGUGAUGUUGAUUCUGAUACUCCACCUUGCACAACUCCUAAUGUGUACCACUUCAGCCUGCAAGCACCAUCUCCAGUUACGGCUGGAUUACAUCCAGCAUUAACUAUGCCAAGUGGUAAAAGUCAGUCCGUUCCUGCAAGAGCAUUGAUUAUGGCAACGAAUAAUCAGCAGCACAAUGGAGUGAAGUUUACUGUGAAAGGAGCUCAUAAUCAUAAUCAAGGCAGCGGAUACAAUUCUGCCAGUAAUGGAGCUAUAAGGCAGCCGGUUAGCAACAGAGGUCAUCUUCAACACAACCGUAAUAUUUGGAGGAGAAAGAAGUACAGGGACACUUUGCCUAUUAGCCUUAGCAGAUAAUGGCCAACUUGAGAGUCCUCUUUAGACUAAUGCAGUGUGUGUGAUACUGCUCUGGGGGGAUUUGAGACCAGCACUGAAUACAUCUGUCUGUGGAUGUUGCCAAAUAUCUGCAUCCAACGUUUGCAUGUUUCUUGUGUGGUGGUGGAGUACAUCUUAAAAGAAAUAAUUGUGCUUAUCGUGAAGCCUUAUUAACUGUGGGAGUUUGUCUUCUGCCUAUCCAUGAUUAAUACAGUGCUGAAACAGCUCUGGUAAGACUUGGGAGGACCAUAAAUGCUGUGGCACUUUGCUGUAGCUGCAUUUGUUCAUAAUUGGUUGUUUUGUUUUGGAAGGAUAAUGGGUAGCUUGAAUGUUACUUUCCAUUGCAAAACUUCAUUUGUGCCAUUGUUCACCACCUUCCCAUUCCUUCUGAAAAUGGUUUUGUUGCCUUACUCACAUCAAACAUAACAUGCAAUAACUUGGAAUGUUUUAAUCAUAUUUUCAUGAAAAUAUUUAUGGAAUGGAGGGUGUACACAUAUGCACACACAUCUCUCUCUCUUUCUCUCUCUCUCUGUGUGUGUGUGUGUGUGUGUGAUUUUUGUUUGUUUUAUAGAUCCUUUCCCAAGUUGCAUUUUCUAAGUUGGGUUCAUGCUUCUUGUGGAUUAGCUGAGCAAUCAAUUUAACACAUUAAGCUGAUAAUAUUGAGGCUUCCUAAUUUGUAGUGGAACUCUUGGUCUGGCUUAAAUAUUUAUAACAAUUAUUGAGUUAAAAGGCAUUUUGACUAUUUAGCUCACUAGUCUGGCAUGUAACACUAAAUUCAAUCUAAUGAGCUAGAAUACCAUCUAAUGCUCUUACAGAUCUCAUGUUUAUUUUAGUGGGGAUCAUUUAGAAAAAAUUGAAC